CGGGGGUUUCUGUGAGUUUAGCUGCCCUCUGUUGACCGUCAGUCUGGAGGUCGUCAAACCCUCCGGUCAGCUGCUGUGAUUGGCUGAGGAAGAUGUGGGCGGAGCCACCGGCUGCAGAAGAAGGUGCAGGUGUUUGUUCUCCACCACAGAAGAAGAGGAGCGCAGCAGGAGACACCACAGAAGAAGAGCUGGGAGUUGGCUUUAUAACGUGUGGUCCGUGUGCUGCUCUGGCUGGUCGUCAUGGUAACCCUGGAGACCUUUGGACGGUUGCUGAGCUCAGGUCCAGCUGUACACCUCCAGGACCUCCAGAACCUCCAGGACCUCCAGGACCUCCAGAGCCUCCAGAACCUCCAGGACCUCCAGAACCUCCAGAGCCUCCAGAACCUCCAGGACCUCCAGAGCCUCCAGGACCUCCAGGACCUCCAGAGCCUCCAGGACCUCCAGGACCUCCAGGACCUCCAGAACCUCCAGGACCUCCAGAGCCUCCAGAGCCUCCAGAACCUCCAGGACCUCCAGAGCCUCCAGAGCCUCCAGAACCUCCAGGACCUCCAGAACCUCCAGAGCCUCCAGAGCCUCCAGGACCUCCAGGACCUCCAGAGUCUCCAGGACCUCCAGGACCUCCAGAGCCUCCAGGACCUCCAGAUGUCUUCAUCUCAGAGCAGCUCGGACCUCCAGCCUCCUGGACUGAAGGGUUUGUGUUGGUGGCUCCAUCGCUGCUCCUCCUCGUCUCCUCCUCCUGCUCCUCCCCUCCCUCCCCACCUGGGCCUCCCCCGGUCCUCCCCUGCGUCUCGCCGCCGCUCCCUGCUGGUGGUUCUGCUGCUCUGCUUCCUGCUCCUGAUGCUGCUGCUGCUGCUGUGGAACUACCACUGUCUGUUCGUGUCCAGGAUCUGCUCCAGAGAGGAGGAGGGGGGGCCGUGACCUCACACCCGGAGAUCACAUGACCUCACACCCGGAGAUCACAUGACCUCACACCUGGACCUGAAGGACGUGGAACGUUCCUGAAGAAAACAUCGUACUCACAAACUGACUGGAGAACAGAAGCUUCAUGCUGUUCAGAUGAUUGGAGGUUCUGAUCAAUAAUCUGUUGUUAUAAAUUCUGGAAAAUACAUUCAUGUUUUCAGACCUUCAAAAUAAAAGCCUGUGAAGACAUUUUUAUAAAUAAAUCAAACUACAGACAUGAAGUGUGGUGAGACCAGACAGCAGAGGUUCUACCUCAGAGAACCUGGUUUAAAUAAUGGACAUUAACCCUCGUGUCGUCCUGCAGGUCAAAUUGACUCGUUCUGAAGUUUGAAAAUGUGUGGAAAAAUAAAUAUUUUCACAGUGAAA